GCGGGUGAGGAGCGUUGGCACCACACGCCCUCGACGACAACAAACUGACGGUCGCUGCUUUGGUCGCCGCCUCUCAAAGCCUAUUUUUUCCCCCUGCCAGCGAUGUCUUGUCAGCCCCUCAACCCGCAGGACGAGCUUCAGUAUUCCUAGGAGAUUUUGACAACUGUACAUGAGGCCACCCAAAUGGCUAAGGAAACUGAAAAUUCCUUGGAGGACUUGUUAGGGAUUGGAGAAGGUGGCUGCAACCCCAAAGAUGACAAGACCCUCAAUGGAGCCAUCACCACCACCACCUCCACAACUGUCACAAUCACCACCACCACCACAACCAGUACCUCUACAGUUACCACAGCCACUGCCACCACUGCAUCAAGCAAAACGAAAGAAUCUGGUAGCACAGCUGAAGGGGGGGCUGGAGGUGCGUGUGGGAGUGAUUUAGACUGUCAAGCAAACACUGCAGACAAUAGUGGAUCCUCACCAGGGAGCUCUGUUGGCCGGAGCACGAGGCUCCGUCCUCGCAUUUACAGGCCAAGGCUCUCAGAAUCAAGCUCUGAGGACAGUGAUAAUGAGACUGAGAUUGAGACUUCCAGGCGGUUGAGGUCAAGGGUCACGAUCACCGGGGGAGGAGGCAUGGCAGGGAAAGAUGCUGCUUCCCCUGCCAGCACAGAGCCAAGCCAAGAGGAGGUAGAGAUGGAGCCUGUCAGUCCUGAGGGGAUGGAAACAGCAGGAGGAAACACAGAUGUUGAAGCGACAGAUGACUCUCCAACUACUGAGCGACGUAGAGUUGCACCAGAGAGAAGCCGCGGAGGCAGUCGAAACGUGUUUGGUCUCCUCACUGAUUCAGACUCUGACUCUGAUGACACGAGGCGCAGGAGAAAUGUGAGGGAUCCCCUGGAGGAUGAGACGCAGCGGAAGGAGGUGGAGGCGGCCAUCAGCGCUGAACUGAUGAGGAUUAGGCAGCGACCAAAGCCUAAACAUGAAUGGAAUUUUGUCAAACAGAUUGUUCAGAGGCAGUUUGGAGGUCGGGCACACCACCAGAGCUCUGUCCUGUUCAGCCACCACUACUACGACUCCCUACAUGUUCCCAAGCGGCUGGAGCUUAUGUACAAAAUGGAAUUCCACAGUGGCUGUGUCAAUGCUCUCAGCUUUAACUCCUCAGGGACACUACUGGCCAGUGGCUCAGAUGACUUCUACAUUGCUGUUUGGGACUGGGCACGAGAGAAAGCCGCCAUCACCUUCAAGUCAGGUCAUCACAACAAUGUUUUUCAAAGUAAGUUCCUGCCUUUGAGUGAUGACACACUCAUUGUGUCGUGUGCCCGUGAUGGUCAGGUGCGCCUUGCUGAGUUGUCCUCCGGGGUAUACAAAUCUACCCGCAAGCUGGCAAAGCACAAUGGCCCAGCUCACAAAUUAGCCACACUGCCCACCUCCCCUCAUGUGGUCUUAUCAGCAGGAGAGGAUGCUGUUGUUCUCAAUAUUGACAUCAGGCAAGAGCAGCCCAACAGGGUGGCACUGGUCAAGGGUUUGGCAGGGGCCCGCAUCCCACUGUACAGCAUCCACGCACACCCUGUCAACGAGCACCAGUUCUGUGUGAGUGGCCAUGACCAGUUUGUGCGGGUGUAUGACCGCCGCUGUGCCUCCCUCAACUUCCCCGUGCUCAAGUUUUGCCCCAGAAAUCAUUAUGAAGCUAAUCCACCUCCCUCUGUCACCUGUGCAGUCUACAGUUGCAAUGGAGAUGCCAUCCUGGCGUCUUACAAUGAUGAUGAUAUUUAUCUGUUUGACACAAUGUUGUCAGAGGCUGCGGAUGCAAUUCACAAGUAUUCAGGACACCGGAACAGUGCCACAGUGAAAGGUGUUAACUUCUUUGGACCUGGGAAUCAGUACAUUGUAUCAGGCUCAGACUGUGGAAACAUCUUCUUCUGGCACCGGGAAACUGAAGCCAUUGUGCAGUGUAUGCCGGGGGAUGAAAACGGAGUGGUCAACGUAUUGGAGCCUCAUCCCCAUAUCCCAGUACUGGCUACAAGUGGACUUGAUGAUGACAUCAAAAUCUGGGUACCAACUUGUGAGGAGGACCCUCCGCUGCCCAAUCUUGAACAGAUUAUCAAGACUAACCUCAUGAAGCGACAUAAGGAUCGUACUGAGGACAACACUCCUCUGGACACCCAGAUGCUCAUGGUCUUGUGGCAUCACAUUCGCCGUACUGACCGUCGGCAACGCAGGAUGGCUGAAGGGAGUAGCACAAGUAAUGGAAGUGGUGUGGGAGGUGACGGUGGUGGUGGUGGUGGUGCUUCCUCCAGUGAUGACAGCAACGAAAGUGAUGACUCAGAGUCCCAGCGAGGAGUCCAGUGUGCCACCCACUAGCACCACUAAGCAACACCAUCUCUUCUCUGCCAACACUUUCUGGUUUGAGGAGCUACUCUUCAAAUACUGCCGCCAUCUAAGGAUUGAAGUAUGAGUAUGUGGUGGAUCCUUGUGCUACUAAAAAUGACACUUCUAGUUUAGGCAGAAUUUAAUUUUGUGCCCCAACUCUGACACCAAGAAAAAAUCAAAUCAAAAUCCACCUUCAACUGAGUGGCCACAGCAGACCUACUUUGAGGAUUAGGAAUAGGGCAGAGUAAAGAAUUAGCAUCAGCAUAUGCCAUUAUGUGUCUAGAAAGGCCAUACCACAUAUCACUAGCAUAGAAAAUAAAAGGAGGCGGACCAAGAACACUGCCCUGAGGAACACCAGACUUGACCUGAGUAAAGUUAAUAAAAUAUCCAUCAGUGGCGGUGUGUUGGUGCUCGACAGAUAAAAAGUCAUAAAAUAUUACAAAGUAAGCCAUUUAUAUUACUGUAUAGACCUCAUUCAAAGCAUCCCUCCAAAUAUAUAAAGUAAUUAAUCCCCCUUUUCACUCUAUCUCAUAUCCAUAGAUGGUACAGUUCUUUGGCAUACUUUACUGGUAGAAAAGUAAGUGAGUUGGUGAAUAAUGACAUCUAAUACCAGAAGCACUUUUUUGGUACAAGACAUGCUUGGUAUUCUGCAGAACUUGUCUUGAAUACACCUUUGUCAUGUGGUUUUAUCCAGCUUGCACUGCGGCUGCCCAAGAGUUAGGUAACCCCUUAAUGUUUUCAAUUCUGCAUGCUGAGCUUCUAUCCAAGUGUCGUUCUGAAGAGGUCUGAAAGAACACAUGGACGCAUUUGUGCUCUUAGUUUUUUACAAAUGAUGGUCCUGGUGACAUGAUCAAAUAUGAUUCUGUAUACCAAUAAAAACAAUGAAAAAAAUUUAUAAAAAAUUUAGUGACAAAAAAACUGCAGACACUUCACUCAUUUUACCCCUUAAUUCUGUUUUUCUAGCAUAUGUGAUGAAUUUCCAUUACCAUGUAUUUUUAAAAUGUGAUAUAAAACCAUUUGACUGCAGACUCCCAGCAAAAAUGGUAACCCAGCUGCUUUCCAUUCCUCAGAACAAGUGCAAAGUGUUUCAACAUGUUGGAAAGCAAGUGCUUCAAUAAUACCUUUAGUUAAAUAAUGGCAUCAGCCAGAUAUGUAUGAGGGGAGGCUGUGUAAGCUUAGAUACAUAACAUUGUUUACAUACAUAUAUUCUAAGGCAUCCCUGUCCUAAAUGCCAAUGAAAAAGUGGUUCUGCCAGCAUCAGCAUUGACGGCCCCCAAAAAUGACAGCGGCAGUGUCUGCAUAAACUAUUUUAAAAAUUAUAGUGUGUAUGUAAGCAAAAUAUGUAAAAUAAAAGAUAUUUGUAUAUUAUUAGUAAUUUAUUAUGAAUCAUAUUGCAUCAUUCCAAUAAUUUAAUCUCAAAAUGCUUAUCACAAAUUAUGUUGUGCUUGGGCCCGUGGAGAACAUGUGCUUCAUGCUUCACGCCAUGGCUGGAGGGGACGGGGCUGUUGUACCUGAUGAAUUCAUACAAAAUUUAUUGACCGCACUACUCCAUAUAGGGUUGCCAGAUUUUAAUAUGGGACCUUGUUUAUAUCAAGAUAAUUGUAAACCAAACUUGUUAAGAUAGAACAUUUUAGAAGUUUAUGCUUAAUGCUCUGCUCAGGUGAAAAGUUGACACUGUCGUCCACCUGAAAUAUUGAUGGCACCAGCAGCUACAUUAACAGAAAGCUAACAACAAUACUUGAUGGCAUCACCAUACAAGUGGUGAAACUGUAGGUAUGUUCUAUAGUAUGCGUCCUUUAUUUUACUCUGUGUUGACAGUUGCUGCUAGGAAGGUACCCUCUGCCUGGCUCUUGGUGUAUCCACUCUAUAUUUUGAACCCUCACCAGCUGGUCAUAUAGGUUUGUGAUCACAGUUAUAAUUUAUAUGAAAACAUUCUUAUUAUCUUCUUUAUUAAUAUGAUGACAGUCGUAUUACCACUGUGUAUAUAACCCACUUCAUUAUCAUAUGAGCAAGGAAACAACUCUUGGGAAGUGUAAAAUUUGAACGCUAAAUUUUAGUUCAUACUGUAUAAUGUGUGUCGUACCUAUGGAGGAUACAAGAGGGUUUCAGACCUUUUUGGGGGAAAAGUGCAUUAAUUUACACAGAAAAAUAUGAUAGUAAGCUUCUUUUAGCUUAGCCAUAACCUCACAAAUAACAGGUCCCAUAGUUGGUGUGUUGAAAUCUAGCUUUCCUCACCUCUCGGCCCUCCCAACAAUAACAGUGUUCCCUGUUCCUUAAUCUUCAAAUUCCGGUAAAAUAUCUGCUCACCCUUACUCUGUGAAAACACUGGACCAUUUAUUUUCAGGCUCCAUUUUCACUGAUUUCAUAUUUCACUGACAAGAUUUUGGAUAUUUUGAAUUCCACCUACCAUCAUUGUUUCUUAGGAUUACAAAUUGUAAUUCAUGGAAUGUUUGCCAGGAUGAGCAACGUUGGUGUCUUAGCAUGAUCACAGUAACAAAGAGGGUGCUCAGACAUGCAAGUGGCCAGUGUGCUCAAAUCAAAAUGGUGUGGGCAAGCCGAGGUAGGUGCAGCGGUGGCUCUCACAGCAGAAAAAUGUCUUUUUUGCUCAGGAUGGUUUUCUUUGUCUAAUGUUUGGACAAUUUGGUCUGCAAAAUUAAGAGUCUGCUGUAUAUAUGUUUAUGGUGAAUUACAGUUACUGAUCUAAACUGUGGCAGCUCUGCUGCUCUCCAAAUGAACAGACCUUUACUGUAUGAAGAACAAAAAAUAUAUAUAAGAUAAAUUUUGAAAUAGAAAUAUCUAAUGAUAAAAAUAAAUUAAAGUUAAAAUACAGCUUUAUUUUUCAAUUUAUAAUAUGGCAAGAAAGUGGCUAACAAAGCAAAUUAAUUUCUAUAGUUUGUAGAUAGCCGUGAGAAUUUCUCGGGCGGUCAUAUUGUAGCUUUUUAAAGUUUUUGCACCAAGCUGGUGGACACAGUCAGUGUGACAGAGUGACAUGAGCUUGUAACUUCCUGCUACUCAUGAAUGAUUUCUCCCAAGACAAUUUCAAAUCUCUUGAACAGCCUCGGGAGCCUCCAUCACUUUCUGAAACAGUUGUGAGUUAAGGGGACAAAACAUGCAGUCCUUUUGUGAAGCUCCUGACCAACCUAACCCACUUCUUACUCCUCCCUAAUCCCUUAGCUAUGAUCCACUUUCAUUUAAAAGGUCUUGGUGCCUGUGUUUGGUGGUGGGAAAAACUUGUGUUAUUCUUGAAGACCAUGCUGAACAUUUACAUGCAAUACAAGGAGAUGCAAAAUUUUUGGCUCCAGAGUGAAGGCAUUAACUUUUACACAAGUAUGUAUGGUACAUUUUAUAUAUUAUUACAUAACAAAAUGACUAACAGGCAUUGUUGACCUUUGCAUAAAAUGCAAAAGAGGAAGCAGCUCAUGCCUCUUGACUGUUAGUUUAUUUUUACUUGAUGUAAGUGGUUGCAUAUUUAGUAGUUUUCAUUGUCCAGGUUAUCAGUAAACCAACUGUCAGUUUUAGCUGAAAAUCUUUAGUGUUGUUGCAUAAAAGGUUUGUUUUCAGCCCAGAUAUUUUAGGCUAAGCUGUAACCUGUAAUGCAAGGUGUAUACAACUGAGGGAAUUUUUCAUUGGUUAUUAUUUUCUUUUACAACAAACCAUGUGAAUGAGAAAGAAUCAUCAACCUUUUCAAGGGAUACUUAUAAGGAACAGCUUGCAUAAAGGAUAUCUUUUGAUUUUUAUUGGAAAGUACUAUGUUCUGUAAGCUGGAAUUAUCUUAGGGGAGUAAUCAACCACUCCUCACCUCUUCAAGGUACUCUUUACAGUCAGGUUAUCCAUUAACUGAAUUACCUAUAUGAUAUCCAUAGUGUAUUUGUGGGGGUGUUGGUGAAGCUGUUCAAGGUGAAUUACAUUUCACUAGACUGACCUAGAAUAUUUUUCUAGUUACACCUUGCUACCCACACCCAGGAAUGGGUUUUGUAAUGGUCAAGUUUUCAUGCAAUAUUUUGUUUGUGUGUCUUACUGAGCAGUGAUCUGUGUGCUUAGUGCUAGAGGUCACAGAUUAAUACUGACUGUGAUAAUUCAGAUAUUUAGUUUCUUGCUUACAUAGGGAAUGUUUACAGUUUUUGACAAUAGAGUACAAUUUUGACUCAUAUUAUUGAGAAAAUGGAUGGUUUAAAGUCCUUGGUAAAAAUGCAUUACUUAUCUUACUGUUUUGAAAUUCUCCUGCAGUGUGUUACCAAACAGCUGCUCCAAUGUGCCUCAUGGAGUAGGAGGAAAGGGAGUGCUGGCAUGUUAAGGAAAAUCAUCAUGAGUUAUAUUUCUGGGUAGUGAUUGAAUCCUGGGAAGUUACUCGGUACUUUUAAGACGGCAUACUAUAACAGUUAUCUUUGCAGAGUGUUGAAACGGUUUCUCCAGCAUAGGGAAAACAAUUCAUAUAUUUGUGCCUCUCGGAGUUUCAGUUGGUUGUAAUAGUAUGUCCGGGUUUAACUGCUGUGGAUUUGCCCGAGUUGUGUUUAUCUGUAAUGAAGAGCAUUCUUAUACAAAUAUGAAGUGUUCUAAGUUAA